GCCUCUAGGGUUUAUGAAAGUAUAAAUUCCCCUUAAAAAAAAUCCCCAGCUGUAAAAUCCAAUUCUGACCACCGCGUGUGAUCUCUUUCAUGCUCAUCGCAGCGCCGUCGCAACCGCAGCACCCGUCUCCUCCUUCCUUAGAUCGGAGCAGUAGUGUUCCGGUAUCCCUCCAGUUGCAGCCAUGCAGAACGAGGAGGGAAAGAUGGUGGAUCUCUAUGUCCCCAGGAAGUGCUCUGCCACGAACAGGAUCAUAACUGCCAAGGACCAUGCUUCUGUCCAGAUCAACAUCGGGCAUGUGGAUGAGAAUGGACUGUAUGAUGGCCGUUUCACCACUUUUGCUCUCUCUGGAUUUGUCCGUGGCCAGGGUGAUGCGGAUGGUGCUUUGGACAGGCUCUGGCAGCAGAAGAAGGCUGAGCUCAAGCAGUAGGAGUCCCGCUUGGGAUAUUUUGCUAGAAUAGGUCCUUAUGAAGCCGUAAUAAACUUUAUUUGAGGAAUCUGUUAUAGUUGUUUAUGCCUUGCGUAUGAAUGGUCCAUGUUGGCUAUGAUGAAACCUUACUUGAAGAAUCAGUUAUGAUUGACCUUUGAUUACAAAUUGUCUAUGUUUCUAUGAUGAAAGUUCUAUGAUGCAAUCCUUCCUGAGAA